UUUCUUCUAUGAUCCUUAUCUUCAAAUUAAGGCCGACUAAAGAGUAAAUAGAAAAAUUAUUCUAAUGAUGAUUGAAAUGAAGAUCAUUUGUUACCUGUUGUAACGUUUUCUUUCAAUUGUCUUUCGAUUUCUGUUGUUUAUUGUUGCUGCUGCAUUUGUUUUAAUACGCAAGAAAGCUGUGACACUCAUCAAUCCGGCCAUACUCCUGUUCGAAAAGAUAGAUUUUUAUCUAUACAUUCAAAAAACAAUAGACCAGUGAUUAUUUGGUCGACAAACAUGACCCAUUGCAUGAGCUAGCAUCAUACUGCCAACUAACAAUGUUGUAAUAUCCUAAAAACACAUUAUUCACAGUUUGUGUUAAAAUGGAUGGUAGAAAAAUGAUUCUCUCACUUGGAAAUAGUUCAGGCAGAUUACUUCAUCGGGUAGAAUGCCGGUCACAGGAAACAAUGCAAGUGGAAAUGAUGAAGUUACUGCAUAGAACAUCGCUUCGGUCAUUCAAUAGACAAUGAGAAGCAGCACAAUGCAAGUAUAUCUUUGUUUGCUAUAGAAAAUAACAACAAUACAUACAAUUCUAUCUACUAGAUAACACAUGUUUAGUUCUUACAAUAGUUCUAACAAUAGGAAAAAGUGGAAGAAGUAUGAGUGGAGUGAAUACAAUGAUCAACACGCGCCACCAACACUUGAGCUUGGAAAAUUUUUUUUCUACAACAAAUUAUCGUUAUGGGCGUACAUAUGUAAUAAAGAUAUUUUUUCUUAUUAUACAGCAUGAUUUGCUAAGUUUUGUUCUUUGAUGCAUCAUUUAUAUAAAUUAUGACUGAUGACACAUCGAUGAGUCAAUAGUUGAUAGUACAUCUCGCUCUGCUCAUAAUGACUAUGUGUGUUCAUAUAACACAGAUUCAAGGCAACGCCGUAUUCUGACCGUAUGAGGUUGGCUUAUGGGUGUGUGGAGACAGACGAGUAGUCUUUUACCUUCACAACUUAAUUGACGUGCUUUUAUUUCUUUUUGUAUUAUAACAAACAAAAUAUGGCACAAGUUUAAGUAGUAAAUCUAACCAGUAAUAAGAUGAUCGUUUGCAUAACAUUAUCCUUCGAAUUUUGAAUGCAUAUAAGAAAUCAUACAAAAAGUACUCGAUCACACGCUUAAGAGAGAAAAACAAGUGCGUCUAUGUACAAAUAACGAAACAUAAUGGUAAUAAAACCGUGUCACAUAUGUAUUAGUGUAGAAAAAAAAUAUUCAUUGUCACGCUUGAGAAAUCGAUUGAAUUAAUCGUCUCCAUCAUGGCUACGGCGCCAUAAUAUUCGCAUGAACUCAAAAUCUUCAUCGCAACUUGCGUAGUAAUCAGUACUUUAUUUGUAAAAUAUUACAUUUUCGUAGAGUUGUGCUGCACUAUGCCAUAUUUUUUGUUUUGUUGAUAGCGAAAAGAAAUUGGAACUGAGUCAGCAUAGAUCAGUACAGACCGGUAAUUCGUUGAUAGAAUGUUUCAAUGUGUGUUAUACUUGAACGAUUACAAUUGUCAAAAUCUUUCAAUUAUAUAAAUGAGAAAAGAAUGAAGCAGCAUGGAGAAAGAAUUGCGCACAAAUCGUUCGUUCUGACAUUUGUUCCAAUGAUCUGUUCCAAUGACAACGGGAUUACUCUAAGUACAUUUCUUUUUCGUUGUCUUUCGAAAGUAGUCUGGACUUUCGGGCUCAGUGUGGUUUAUAAGAAUGAUCUAAAUAAGUGUUUUUGAUUUUUUUCUCUCGUCUUUUCUGUUUUUUUUUGCUUUAAUACUGCUACGUUUUUUUGAUGAAGAAAGUAGAUACUUUCAAAACGUUUGUUAAUGAAAUUGUGAAAUUGCCAUCAAUCACUAAAGGAAGAAGAAUUUAAACCUUACUUCAAAUAAACAAUGGAAUGAAGGAAUUUUUCUUUUUUUAUAAUGAAAAAAUUAAUGAAUUUUAGUUGUCCCUUCCAAAAUGAUGGAUGGCUUAGAAGAAAUAUCACUUUUGGUAUUCUGCUAAUAUUUCGGUUGUUUUAUCUUUGAGUGGUCAUAUUUUUUUCGAGUGGAUGUCUUUCGAAUGUUCUCGAUAAAAAUUUCUAUCAAGCGUCUUAAUCUAAAAUGUAAAACUAAAAACCUGGAGCGAACUGAAGCUGAAAAUAUGCAAAUACGAAUAUUAGAAAACUAUAAAUUUUUUGAAACUAGACUUUCACUAAUUAAGAACUUCCCUUCACAAAAAAAAAUUUCCUCCUAGGAUGGUCGAUUUCAGCUAAAAUUUUCAGGAAUAAUUAGUCCUGAUGAAAAACCCUUCCGGUAAAAAUGUCAGGUUGACACAUAAAACUAGACCGCACUUUCAGCUUAUAUAUGGUGCAUUUAUAGCCUACAAGAGGAUCCUUAUAACUUUGUUACUAGAAUAAAUUCAAUGCUCGUGGUAGUUUCAAAUUAAAGCAUGUACCAGUGCGCUGUUUUUCAUUGGACAUGUUUUUGAAAUUAAUUUCAUUCAGUUUUUAUGAUCAUUUUAGUUCACAUGGCUGAUUAAAAACCAUGUUUUGGGAAAAACGAUAAAAAAGCUUUGAAAUCGAAUAUUUUCCUUCCAAAUCCAGAAAAGAACUAUAUUUAAUUGGCAUAUUCACAAUAUGUGCCAGUGAAAUUUCUGAAAGCAUAUGUCAAAUGAUUUAAACUACCACUAUCAGUCAUAUUGAGGUAAAUAUAUUGAUUUAUUCAAUGUUUAUACAAAUAAAAAGACAGUUUUCCCCAACUGGAAAACUUCUUAAAAACCGUGGAAAGAAUGUAGGUAUUGGUAUGAAUGUGGAUCUUAACUCAACCCACGCCCUGAUUUCCGUGAAUGAUUCGUUUCAUCUCUGUCAAGGCGCCCUUUUCAUGUGAUAAUAACUUUGAUAUCGAAUUGCUAUAUAUAUGAUAAAAUUCCAUCAACGUUGUAAUUAUAUUGGUCUUUUAUAUCAAAUUAGUAUUUAUGUUCAUGUUGGACAAAUCUUUUGAUUUCUUCCAUAUUGUUCAUGACUAAUUCCAAUGUAUUUACAAUGUUUCUAAACAUACCUGAUUAUGAUCCUCGGAAAAAUCAAAACAAGUCAUAUGACUUUCUUGAAACAUUUCAAACCGGCACAUACACAUCCACAUCAAACGUGUAGUUUCAAUUUGCUUGCAUCUUCUGUUAAAAUUAAAACCAACGAUUCGACUAACAUAAAUCUUUUUUUUUCUACGUUAUAAAAAAAAGUUCUUCCAAAGAUGUCACUGUUUAUUAGCAAAAUGCUACCUUUCUAUCAAAAUGUUUGGUUCAUCAUAAUGGCGUUUCAAGAAGCACUACUAAAUAAAACAAUUGUUAAAAUAACAACAAAAUUCGAGUAGAACAACACCAACUCGGUGAUAUUUUACAAAUAAAUCAUUUGAAUACUUAUAUAUAUAUAUAUAUAUUUGUAUCAAAUAUGAUUUGCUUUUGUUGAUUUAGACAACUAUUAAGGAUUGUAUUUCUGUCACUAAUCAUAGUCAAAUAGAUGACACGAACAAUAAUACGUCAAUUCUGAUUAAUUGUGACGAUGAACCUCUUAUAUCACAUAAAAAUGAUCAAACACAAGUCGAUACUCCCUUACUACCAAUAAAAACAACAAGUGAAAUAUCAUUAUCAUCAACAAAUGGACAAUCAAGUGAUCAUCCAUUUAUAUGUCGACUAUGUCAUUGUCAAGGUACAAAUGAUGAACCAUUAAUAUCGCCAUGUUAUUGUUUGGGUACAAUGCAAUAUUUACAUCAAUCAUGUUUACAACGUUUGAUAAAAAAUACCGAUGUUAAAUCAUGUGAACUUUGUAAAUGUGAAUUUAUAAUGCAUGCAGAGACAAAACCAUGUAAACAAUGGCAAAAAUUAAAUAUGAAUUGUGUUAAAACAUGUAAAGUAGUAUGUUCUGUUGCAUGUAGUUUAAUAGCUGGUACUUGUGUUCUGUGGUGUCUUUACGUGCUAAUUGAGAAAACAGAAGAAAUUAAAGCCGGAAAACUUCGUAUGUUAAGUUUUGGAAUUCCUCUUCUUUGUUUUUUAUGGAAAAAAAUAUGA